CUAAUUUCUUUAGACCCCAGAUUUUGUCUGUGUAUCAAAUGUGUUGUUUGUGUGUGUGUGUGUGUUUAUAGAACGAGUACAUGAAGGACAAUUUUCUAGUUAUGAUUGAGACAUGGCACAAGCCUGACCUCGGUGAACAGGACAAUGUUCAUAAGCUUGACCCUGAACAGUGGAAGAAGGUUGAGGUGGUACACAUUGACAUUGCUGACAGGUCUCAGCUCGACACUAAGGACUACAAACCAGACGAGGAUCCAGCCACCUUUAAAUCACAGAAGACUGGUAGAGGGCCAUUAGGACCUGACUGGAAGAAAGAACUUCCUCAGAAGACGGACUGCCCUCAUAUGUGUGCUUAUAAACUAGUCACUGUCAAGUUCAAGUGGUUUGGUCUGCAGAAUAAAGUGGAGAGCUUCAUUCACAAGCAAGAGAAGCGUCUGUUCACCAACUUCCACAGGCAGCUCUUCUGCUGGUUAGACCGAUGGAUCCAUCUGACCAUGGAGGACAUCCGCCGCAUGGAGGAGGAGACGCAGAAAGAACUCGAUAAUAUGCGAGAGAAGGAUCCAGUGAAAGGGAUGUCUGCCGCAGAUGAAUGAUGCAGCUGAUACUAUGUUGCAGCUGUUCGGUUGUCUC